AUGUCAUACAAUAGACCCCCACCUCAGCCUCCAGCUGGCUACCCUCCCUACCCUCAGCAGGGAUACGGUCAUCCUCCACCUGGUGCUCCUCCUCAGGGGGGAUACUAUCCACCUCCACAACAGGGCCACUAUCCUCCUCCCGGUGGUCCUCCUCCCGGCCAAUACGGCGGCUAUCCUCCAGGACCUCCUCCUCCUGCUCAAGGUUACCCGCCACACGGAGCAUAUCCCCCUCCACAACACGGGGCAUACCCGCCACAACAUGGAGGAUACGGUCAACCACCACCACAAGGACCUCCCGCUCCAUAUGGCCAUCCCCCUCCCCCUGGCCCGCAUGGCACCCCUCCUGCUGCCCAGCCCGGAUACGGCGCACCCCCACCCGGACCGCCGGCUCAGCCUUCAUUCGGAUAUACUCCAGGUCAGACAGCACCAGGCGACUUCAAGCCCCAAGCAGACUCUUUACGCAAGGCAAUGAAAGGAUUCGGCACCGAUGAAGCCACUUUGAUUCGCGUUCUCGCUCCUCUAGACCCUCUACAAGUCGCCGCUCUCCGAGAAACGUACACCCGACACAUCAAUCGCGAUUUGUACAAGGACGUCAAGAGCGAGACGGGCGGAUACUUCGAACAGGGACUACUAGCCGUCAUCGAAGGCCCAUUAAACCACGACGCCGAACUCGUGCGCGAGGCCGUCAAGGGUCUAGGCACAAAGGAGUGGCUCCUCAACGACGUGCUACUGGGUCGCUCGAACGCGGACAUUCGCGAAAUCAAAAACGCCUACCAGCGCAAGUUCAACCGCAGUCUUGAGCGUGAUGUUGAAGACGACCUGUCCGCCGAAACAAAGAACCUCUUCAAGCGCGUCAUCUCAGCAACGCGCCACGAAGAGUCUACUCCGCUCAACCCAACCGCCAUCGAGAGCGAAGUCAAGAGCAUCCACGGCUCUACAGCGGGACGAAUCGUGAACAACGUCGCCGAAGUGUGCGCCAUUUUCGCGCAGAGCUCCGACAACGAAUUACGGGCCAUUUCCCACAAAUUCCACGAACGCUACCACGUCGAGUUGGAGAAACACAUCGCAAGCCAGUUCUCAGGCCAUAUGAAAGCCGCGCUGAUCCACAUGCUACGCACAGCCAUCGAUCCCGCGCAUCGCGACGCUACCCUUUUGGAAGACGCCAUGGCCGGUCCCGGAACCAAGGAUUUCAUGCUAGUCACUCGAAUUGUGCGCCUGCACUGGAAUAAGCAGCACCUCGACCAGGUCAAGAAGGCUUAUCAACACCACUACCACCGCGAUCUGCGGGAGCGCGUCAAGGGUGAAGUUAGCGGUGAUUAUGAGAAGUUGAUGUUGGCUUUGUUGGGCUAUUAA